AUGCGAAGUCUGCAUGUGUGUUUCUGUCUGGCUCUGCUCCUGCCUUGGUGUGUCCAGAGCCAGAGGAGCACUCUUGCCAAACUUGAUGAAGACACACAAAGGGACGUGCUGGCUGUUGACAUCCUGAAAAGCAGCGGCGUGUUGAACUCGUUGCUCCGAUCAGAGUAUCACAGUGUGCACCGGCGAGCACGAGCCCCGCGUCCAGCCUCCCAGGUGCCAAAGAGAGCCCAGCAGGGGUCCCGCUUCGCCCUGUCCCUCGAUGUUCCCACCAGCAUACUCAGCGUCCUCAUAGACCUGGCCAAAAACCAGGACAUGAGAACCAAGGCAGCAGCCAAUGCAGAACUGAUGGCACGAAUAGGCAAGAGGAAAUAAGAAGCAUGGCCCCUGGGAGCAGUUAGGGGCGUGAUGGACAAAAUCUCACCUCACAGAGAAAUUAACUUCUUACA